CGAAAAUGGCCCUGCGAAAUUUUUGACUUUCUUUUCUCGUCAAAACACUUCUUCCACGAUCUCUCUUCCUCAGGCCUAUUUAUCCAUCUCGUACUUCUCUUCUGUUCUACCGUAACACUUGCUCAAACGUGGAGACGCCAGGAAUCUUUUGACAUGGUCCGCGUCAAGUUCACCGCGCCGGUUCAGGCCGUUCAAUUACAACCUAAAUCAUCAACUCGUCCUCUGGUUUCGAAUGUCCCUAUUUCUGUCGACAAGGAGACUUGCCGCGAGACCGUUGAGCAAAUCCCUCAACUGGCUCUCCAAGAAUCCCUCGCACAGAGACAGCAGCAGAGUUUGGAAAUGGUACAGAUUAUGUUGCAUGUGUCGUUCGGCACGUUGUUCUAUCUCCGGGAGUUUCUACCGCUUUCAUGUUUCGAUGACCGUGACCUGAAGCAAGCUCAAAGGGAACGGCGAUUCUCAUACCGAGAAUUCAUACAUGGGAGACCGGGCUCGGAGAAUGCUGGAGCAGAUGCAGAACAUUCCUUUGGCCAAGGGAAACGCUCCCAGCCUCUUAAGGUUCUGGUUCGCAAUUCCGAUCCCAAAGCCGAUACAAUCCUGGAUCUUCUGGAACAUGGUAUCUUCGAUGCACUCAAAAGGAACGUAUUGGAAGCCGUCCAAUUGACUGUCCUUGUUGACAAGGACAUGCCGACAAACGUUCUCGAAUCAUACACCUUUACAUUCAAGUAUACUGGAGGGCCCGGCGAUAUGAGCAGCCGCUUGGAAAGUCUCUCACUACAUCCUGUGGGCUGCGUAGCUGACAUGAAGACUGCCCAAUCGGCCAGAAUGGGUUUGGAGAUGAUCGUCAGGCGUUUGAUAACGUUGAGCGCUUUCCUGCCGAAUUUGCCAAACAAAAGAAACCUUGGGAUUCAUCUAUUCUAUACCGAAAACUGUCCCCCCGACUAUGAGCCUCCUGGCUUUUCUGUGGCUGCAGAUCAUACCAUUAAAUACCCACUCAAUAACAACUGGAUGAAGGAAUCGCAAUCUUGUGGCAUCAUGGACAGUGGAUACCAUACUGUCGGACUCAAGGUGACUUCUCUUAAGUGGACUGGGCCAGAUCCAGGGAGUUCGGAACUCCAGCCUGAGAUUCCUCCACAAAUCGAAUACAAAGACGCUGUACCACGUGAGAGAGACAUUGGAUUUACCCAGGAAGACAAUAUGCAAGCCGAUCUGAGAAGUGAGCAGACAGGUGCUAGUUUUGAAGAGCGAACCCAAACUACACAGACUCAAGAACGUCAGGACAUUAGUGCAAAGCAAAGGCUGCAGGAGAUGAUUCCCGCUGCAUCCCCAAGUCAGGAUAGUGAUCUCAUUCCUACUCAGCCGUUUAAUGCGAAUUCGAUCUCUACCAAUAAGGGAAGGGCGUCUCAGGAUAAGGCUCAGAGGAUGGUCCUUUCUCUGUCAAAAGCCGCCGAAAUAAAACAAUACUUAUGCUCGCAGAAAUCCGGCUUCUCAGGAAGCGCUGACGGCAGUGAACAAGGCCCUGUGAAAUGCCAAUGUGGCUGGGAUGGAGAAGAACCUGCUAUGAUUGAAUGUGGCUUUUGUCAUACUCGUCAACACCUUCUAUGCUACGGAUUUACAGGUCUUAAUGACCUGCGGCUCUCCAACAUUCAUGCUUGCUACCAAUGCUUGCUAGAACCAAACGAGUCUCAUUUGCUACGGGAGAUGACUACUUUGGUUCUUUUGAGGAGAGCUCUAGUCAUCAUCCUCGACGAAGGAUAUCCAAGUACCGUUUCGGCCUUCACACAGAAGCUGCAUUGCAAUGGGCAUACCGUGAUUCAAGUCACCGACCUUCUAAGAAAGCAAGGAUUUCUUCAACCAACACCCGGAUACAAGAGCAAGGGGUUUUUACGGAAGGGUUUACCGAAGUUCAACAUCCCUCAAUCCGAAGAUGUGAGACGCAGAAUGGAAAGGGAGAUCCUAGAUCCUAUGGCGAAAAUCCGACAUCACUAUGACCAAGACACAGCAGAGAACAUGAUAGAAUCUUCUGAACGUGAUAACUCCCAACAAAAAGAAUAUAUGGCUAAAAUGGAUGUUGAAGUUAGCAAAGUGCUUCCUACCAGAGACACCGGAAAUGAUAACGAUGACCAAGAGACGCUUGGCUCCGGAGACGAACUCCUUGAACUGGGAAGCAGCAACGCGAGUCUGAAGAGACGACUUUCGCGGGACGAGCUUGCUGACUCAAGUCAAUACUCGAGCAAUGUUUCCAAGGGAGAGAGCAGAGCAGGUAAAGCCCUUGGAGGCAGCCAGGCGACGAAACCGGGCGAAUUGUCUCAGAGUCCUAAGCAAAUCGGAAUCCGACGCAGCCCUCGAAAGCGGCGCAAGAUCAGCAACUACGCGCAGCUGAUUGAUGUUGGAAUGGCCACAAGCGAUGAAGAUGGUAUUUGA